AUGGACUUGGAAACCGACACCACUCUCAAGCCGACCGACCAGAACACUCAAGAUGCAUACGACCUGGCGGAGUUCGGGCACGGCCAGAGUCUUGAGCGAAAAUUCAACAUCUGGAGCAUGCUAGCCUUGGCUUUCUGCGUUCUUGGAACAUGGUCAACCUUUGCACAGGAUCUUUCGGACGGUCUCAUCAAUGGCGGCCCGAUCUCUAUUCUAUGGGGACUCGCUCUUGUGGCAUUCUGUAACACAUGCGUGGCUCUUUCGUUGGGAGAAAUCUGCAGCAGCAUGCCUACUGCGUUGGGUCAAGCAUACUGGAUCUAUCGUCUUUGGGAUACUCCCUUAGGUCGCUUCGUCUCCUAUAUCUGUGCGUGGAUCAAUGUUUUCGGCUGGUGGACUCUGGCUGCCUCGCAGGUUGCCUUCAUGACCAAUUUCAUUCUGGGAAUGAAGGUCAUGUUCGAUGUUGAGUGGACAGGAGCUUCGGCCGGGUGGUUGAACUUUGUUGUCUAUCUUGGAUGCGUUUUCGUUCUCACGUUGAUCAAUGUCGUUGGGUGUCGGCGAGAAAAGUUCCUACCCUGGUUGAAUAACUUUGUCGGAGUGUGGUUUUUCGGCUUGUUCUUUGUCUUUUCCCUCGCUCUUCUGAUCUCGGUUGGAAUGAAAGAAGAUCUUUCUUACCAACCUCCAUCAUUUGUCUUUGGCAAAUGGAUCAACCAAACCGGAUGGCCUGACGGUGUGGUUUGGUUCAUUGGAUUGGUGCAAGCUGCCUAUGGGUUGACUGCCUUCGAUGCUGUGAUCCACAUGGUCGAGGAAAUCCCUGCGCCUCGCAAGAACGCACCAAAGGUCAUUUACUUUGCAGUUCUCUCGGGUGCAGUAAGCGGCUUCAUCUUAAUGAUGGUCUGUCUUUUCUGCAUCCAAAAGGUGGGAUCGGUCAUCGACUCUCCCAGUGGCCUUCCUUUCAUGGAACUCGUCCAAGAAACAGUGGGCAGGAAUGGAGCCGCUGUGCUCAUCGCACUGUUCAUCUGUAAUGGCCUCGGUCAAGCCGUCAGUAUCUUUACCACCGCAUCUCGCCUGACCUGGGGCUUCGCUCGAGACGGCGGACUCCCAUUCAGUCGAUAUCUAUCACACGUCGAUCCUACCUGGAAGGCCCCAGUUCGAGCUUUGUGGUUCCAGGGUGGCCUGAUUGCCCUGGUUGGCGUUCUAUUCCUCUUCGCCGAGACAGUCUUGAAUGCCAUUCUUAGUGUCAGCACAAUCGCACUGACAAUCUCAUACGGUCUUCCUAUUGCCACUGUUCUCAUGAUGGGUCGCAACAAACUUCCCCCGGGAGGAGAAUUCCAUCUUGGAAGAUUUGGUGCCCCUGCUAACUGGGUCAGUAUCAUCUACUGCUCCAUUACCACUGUUUUUUUCUUUUUCCCGAGCUCGCCCAAGCCGUCGGGGGGUGAGAUGAACUACGCAAUUGGUGUUUUCGGGGUGAUGCUUGUUAUUUCGAUAGCUUUCUGGUUCGUUCAAGGAAGUCGGACCUACCUCAACACCGAGGAAGCGUUCACCCAUGUUAUUCAGGCGCAGGAAGCGAUGGCCAAUGAUGCUCCUGCACCUGUACCCACGAAGAAAGAUUGA